AUGGAAAGUGUACUGAUGAACAUCUUCACCCUCAUACUCAUAGUACAGUUCUUCAUUGGGAAUUUGAGCAACGGAUUUACAGUGCUGAUAAGCUGCAUCGACUUGGCAAAUAGAAGAAGGCUCUCAACAGCGGAUCAAAUCCUCACUGGUUUGGCAAUCUCCAGAAUUGGUCUACUUUGGGAAAUAUUGAUAAGUUGGUUUGAAUUUAGGCAUUACUCUGCCUUUUUUGUGCAUGGACUACAAUUAAGAAUUAUUAUUUUUGCCUGGAUAAUCACCAAUCAUCUCAGCAUCUGGCUUGCUACAAUCCUUAGUGUAUUUUAUUUGCUCAAAAUUGCCAGUUUCUCCAGUCAUAUAUUUCUCUACCUAAAGUGGAGAGUUGAAAAACUGAUUCUGGUGAUAUUGCUGGGAAGUUUGGUGUUCUUGUUUUUAAAUAUUCUACAAAUGAAUUUAUACAUCAAUGAGUGGAUGCAUAUGCAUGAAACAAGCACAACUUGGAAUUCCACACAAGGAGAUGCUACAGAAUUUUCAGGGUGGCUAUUACUAACAAUGACUAUAUAUACGUUAAUACCAUUUACUGUGGCCCUGAUGGCUUUUCUUUUGUUAAUCUUCUCCCUGAGGAAACAUCUCAAUAGAAUGCAACUCAGUUCUCAAGGAUACAAAGAUCUCAGGUCCAAGGCCCACAUAAAUGCCUUGAAAAUGGUGAUAUCCUUCCUCCUACUGUACGCUAUUUUUUGCUUGUCCAUUCUCAUAUCAUGGAUUGGUAGUACAUAUAAAAAUGAUCAGCUGCAGAAGAUUGGUCAGAUUAUUGGAACUGUCUAUCCAUCAAGCCACUCAUUUAUCCUGAUUCUGGGAAACCCUAAACUAAGGAAGACCACUCUUUGGUACCGUGGCUGCUGA